CAGUGGUAUACUGAGCCUAUCCCAAGUCAGGACCUCCACCAGUAUUGUGGGACAGUCAAGGAGCUGACCUGUCCAGACUCACCCCUACCCAGAGCAUUGGCUAGGGGACCAACAGGGUGAAGCUUUGGUUCUUCAUUCUUUUUCCCAGUAGCACAACUUAGAAGAACGAAUCUUUGGGACAUUAUGCAGAAGGACACAAAGGUGAAGAUCACUUUCCUGGUGAUCCUGGUGGGCAUGGUGUGCAUGUUCACAGCGGUGGUGACGGACCACUGGGCCGUGUUGAGCCCAAGGGUGGAGACUGUCAACAUUACAUGUGAAGCGGCCCAUUUCGGCUUGUGGAAGCUCUGCAAGAAGUACAUUUACAUCAAUGAGCAAGAGAUGGUGGGGAAAGGGUGCGGACCCAUCAGCCAGCCAGGAGAUGUCAACUGCUCCUACUUUAGGCACUUCAAUCCUGGAGAAACUUCUGAGAUUUUUGAGGUUAAAACACAAAGAGAGUACAACAUAUCAGCUGCAGCUAUUGCUGUUUUCAGUCUGGCCUUCAUGAUUCUGGGAACUAUCUGUAUGCUGGGCUCCACAAUGAAAGGAAAAGAUUAUCUCCACAAACCAGCUGGCAUGUUUUACGCAUUUGCUGGGCUGUGUGCCUUCAUCUCAGUGGAGGUGAUGAGGCAGUCAGUGAAUAGGAUGAUUGAGAGCGAAGAAACUAUCUGGAUGGAAUAUUAUUACUCUUGGUCCUUCGCCUGUGCCUGCGCAGGCUUCGUCCUGCUCCUCCUCAGCGGCAUUGGCCUCCUCCUCCUCUCCAUGCCCCAGAUGCCCCGCAACCCCUGGGAGACCUGCAUGGAUGCUGAGCCUGAACAGAUCGAGUAAAAUCCAUAGAUACUAAGCAUUCUGUUACGUUGCUAUCAUCCAGUCACUGAUUACAGCAGAGGCUUGGAAGCAAGAGGUGCAAAGAAAUACAAAAGAUGGUAACAUUUUGCUUAAACCCUGCUGCACAACUUUGACAUAACCAUGCCAUAAACAUGUCACAGAAGAUGUCAUAAUCUGUCAUGAAUUACAGUGGCCUUAAUAUAAUAGGUUAUCAUUACUAGUCAUUGUCAUGAUAGAUCCCCUAACGUUUGAUGUCAUUAUAGUUUAUGUAAAUGUUUGUUAUGUACAUGCAGCCAAAUGAAAGUGUCAUAAAUAUGUCAUGAUGAAUUUCAUGUUUAUAACAGGAUAUGUUUAAAUAUUAUCAUUUGCGCUUGUUAUAAAUAAGAUAUUACAACAAUGUAUACAUAUUUUCUUCUAUUGGGUUAGGAAUUCUAUCUAUAUGACAUGUUUAUGACAGGUUUUUGCCAAGCCUUUGACAGCAUUAUAAAUUGUCAUUAAGAGCACCCUUAUGAAUUUUCAAGAUAUUCCAUACCGUAUGACAUUUGCCAUGAAGGUUGUGCCCUCAAACAUUAUGACAUCUGUCAUGACAUUUACCAGAAAUGGUAAUAUGCCACCUAAUAUUACUUGACAUGAUCUGUCAUAACAACAUAUGACAUCACAUGACCAAGCGCAGUCUUUUAAAAAGUAGGCAGCUGCCUAGGGCCCCCAGGAAAAUACAAAUUAAGCCCUAUUUGUGUUGGACUCUUUUACCAGUGCAGGUCCAGUAAUGUAAUGUGUGCAUGAUUUGACUGGCUGAUUAGACCAGUAUAAAGGAUCUGUGCAGUUUCACCAAAUUACCCCAAAUAGUCUGGAUGAAAAUAUCAUUGCAUGGAUGUUUACAUCAGCAUUAUGCAACAAGCACCACACUUCCAAACAAUAGCAAUAGCAUGACUUAUAGACAAUGACAUACAGACUAGCAUUAGGCUAGUAAAGUGGAUUCAUUCAAUUUACCAAAUGCUGACCAACAGGACAGAAAAUGCACUGCCUUGCAAGAGGUACUUUCUAAAUAUUUCAUUUUCCUUCUACUUGUAUUUCAUUCAUCACCUAAAUUGUUUCAGUAGUCUUGUCAUGAAUUUGAGGAUUAAUGAAUUGGGUCAAAUUAGGCUUGGGAGAUAGGGCAACGUAAUCAGAUAUCAUCAAUGAUGGACGAGUAAUCCGACAGUGAUAUGUAAAAGGCAAUAAUCAUGCAAAAUUUUAAAUGAAUGUUUAGUAAAAACUUAGAGAGUCAAAGAGCACCAGAGAGAGAGAAAGAGAGUUGAGUUUCUUAAGAACUUUUGUGUUAUUUCUCUCUGCUCUGCACUGUAAUGCCAGCUUUACUGCACAGAUUCUUCUCAAUUUACAUGAAUGGAAUCUAAAAUUAAUUCUGACAUGCUUUGGAACUUUAGAUGCCUCAAAGUGACUCACUGCAGUAAAAAAACAGCUAAACUCUAACCUAGAGAGAAAGUCCCUCGGAUCCUCAUUUAUGGCCAGAGUGUAGUAUUUUCUGUACAGAUUCAGUGUCCCAGUGGUUAGCUGAAUUUUGAAAAAACUGCUGUAGCAACAGAAAUGCCUUGUUUUUAAUAAGGAAAGCAUGUGGGCAUGGCUUUGGAAAUAUCUUGCAGUCUGAAGUUUCUCCAGGGAGCACUAUUAGUAUGCAAGCUACAGCAGAAGAACUGACUUGUCGAUUUGAACAGGACUACUACUGAAGGAACUCUGAGUUUGGUGAACUAUAGAAAGUAAUUAGCUCCAGAAUUAUUACGUAGGGCAUUUGUAUAAGCUACAGACAAGACAGAUUCAUACUGAAUUAAAAUCAUGGCUUUCAUGGGUUACCACUUAACCCUUUAAAUGGCCACCAGCGGGCUUUCAUUACAAAUGUACAUAAUCUACGAAUAGCUGAGCCAAUUUGUAUUGUUACUGAAUAAUUAGCCUUAGUAUGUUAUAAGCCUGGAAUAUUAAGGGGUUAAAUUAUACAACUUCCACAUAUAAAAUGAAUUCAACUCAAAUAGGGCUUUAGAUUUGUACAUGUACAUGUUGUUAAAUAACCUACUCUAAAAUAUAUCUACAUUUUAAAAAUUAUUUAUUUCAAUGCAGUCCCAUCCCAACCCAUCAUGUUUAUAAUGGACUGUUAGAUGUUACUACAUGAUGACACAACUGUGCGAGAACUAGUAUGAACAAAGCAAUUAAGUGAUAAUCUACAUUAUGAAGGGGAGGUUCUUUGGUGUGAUUUUUCUGGGUGUUGAGAAAAUCAGAGGUCAUCAGAACCACAGUGAAAUGCAAAAAGAAGAAAAAUAAAAACAAAACAAAAAGUUGCUACACAUUUGCUAUGACGUGUUCAUGGCAUGCUAAUGUCAGUGUUACAUUGUAGGAUUCAAGUAAAGUGUUAAUGAGUUGUUGUUUUUUUUUUUUAACAGUGUUCUACUAAUACAUAUGUUGGGGCUUUACACAUGAGCCAAGUAAAAUACUUUCAUCGACAUGGCAACCUUGACUUGUGCACAUCUGCUUAACGUGAAACUUGGUGAAUGGGGAAUCCCCCCCCCCUUUUUUUUUGUUUAAUUUUUUUUUAUUGUUUUAAAUUGCCCUGGUUGUGUUUUCUUAAGCAAAUAUCAUUCUGAUAUCAAACAGAGCAAUCAGGGCAAAUGAACAAAGUUCUGAUUUAAAGGUGUGUUUUGUAUUAUAUUGCUGUACAUAUACAGACCAUUUGUACCUGGAGUGGUUCUCAUGCUGAUGUAUAAUCAAGACAGAUUCGUUGCUGUCAUAUCAAAGCCUUGUAACUCUAUGUUUUUUCAGUUUUCAUGUUACAUCAUUGUGUGAGAACAUUGUGAUGCGUGGACUAAUAAAAAUAACAAAAUAACUAAACUCUAAGUAAAUUCAUGUCAUUUAAAAAGUUCUCUUGCAAAGUUGCUAUUUUUGAGCUUCAAGAUUCUGUUACGGCAGUGGAGAUAUUGCUGGGUAACACUGAAGGAUGUCAUCUACAUAGGCCUUUCAUGAUAUAAACCUAUGUAAGCUUUCAUGAAGGCUUAUUCCAACAAGCAUCAUGCUCAUAACACACUUACGACAACUAACACUUGUUGUAAAUAAACUUUAUAAAUGUUUUUGUAAGUUUAUGGAAGUUAAUGGCUCAUGUAGCCUCAAACAUCCUGCCAUCCGGUAAAGUGUAAUCAAAUAAUGUAUAUUUAAAAGUGGUCAUCUCCUUAGGAGGACAGCUGUGAUGUAAAUGACUAAGCUAUCUUUGAUGCUAAAUGACUAACAUCCACACUUAGUGAACUGAUUUAACAUACUGUAUGUGAUUUAGUAUUCAAUUCUGCAGUUGGGUUCUUUGAUAUGGCUGUGGCCUAUAAGCACACUAUGCUAGCUUUGUUUGGAAGCACACUAGCUCAGUUUAUCUGGCUUCAGCUCUGCACAGAAUGCUAAUAUCCAUUCUUCUGUAGCCUCUGAAUGCCUGGCCAGACAUUUUGGAGUGGUUUCAGUUCUGGCAGGUGCAAACAAAAUGGCAUCCAUUGCUCUUUUAGAGUUUGAGAGUGAGAGAGGGCAGCUAAUUCCAAAAUACUAGCCCAAAACUCACCACCCCUGCCCACCUCACCCCUUCAGCCUUCAUCUUCCACACCAGAUGGGGGUAGAAGCUAGUUCUGUUUUCUGUUGUAUUCAGAUAGGCCUACUAUGUAAGGAAAGUCAUCUACUUCUAACUGAAUAACACUUAAUUUCUAAAUUUUUAAGGUUUAAUUCCUUCUGCUCUUUUGGUUCAGCUCCUGGACUGCAUUUCUGUUACUCAGGCCUCUCACUCUGGAGCUUUACCAUUAGCACUUUAGCCCCUUGGGAGAAGAAUAGCAUCAAGCAAACCUCAGACGUUUCCCUGCAGCUCGAAAGGGAUGAGUUUUUGGACCUGAUAUUAGUUUUUUUACUGAGUUUAUGCUAGGCUAUACUUGUGCUUCAGUUAAUAUUUGAUUCACUUAGCAGUGCUUUUACUUGUGUAUGCUUUUUUUUUUUUAAUUCUCUCUGCCGCUUAAAUUAUCCAGCAAGUGCAGACAUGUCUCUUUCCAACAUCUGUAAAGUUCAGCCAUUCAACUUUAAACUUAAUACAUUUUCUCAUGCCAGUUUUCAUGCACCAAAGCGAAAAGAGGCUGCUUUGAACCUCUUAAUUCCACACUUGGCAUUAAAACUGGGUCACAGCCUCUCUCAUGCCUUAAACUUGAAAAUGUUUCAAAUCAAUGCAAUUCUAUCUGCAUGUUUAAUGACGCAGGACUACUUUUCAGGCUGCUCAAGUUUCAGUAGUCAUGAUAUCAGUCAUGCAUGCCUUUUUCCAGUGAAUUAAGUGAAUUAGUGAGCUCUAAAAUACAAGGAGUAUUACAGUCUUGCAGAGUUACAAUUGUUGCAAUUAGAGUUGCAAUUAGUACUUUCAUAUAUUUCUUGUGAAAGAACUAGGAGUUUGUUCAUGGCUUAAGGAUAUGAUGUGCAUUUUUGUAUCUGCAGGAAUCUAUGCAUUUUGUUGAUAUUUAUUUUAUAGCUUUUAUAAUGGUGUAAAUUAAUUUUUAAACAGGGUAAUUUUGCCAUCUAGAAAAUGUCAGGUGGUGCAACCACUUAUUAAUAACAAUAUUAUCAAGUUAUUUACAACUAUUGGAAAUGUGUAGAAACUAGUCUUUGUACUACACUUUGGGCUCUCAUUUAAACCUUUGUCUUUGAACUCAAAGUUGCAUUUAUAUACCUAUAUAUAUUUAUAUAACCUUGAUUAUUGUUAUAAUGCUAAAGCGUUUUUGUUUUCCUGGGGUUGCACCAUUUGACAUUAGCCUAACUAUGACUCAAAAGUUUUUCAAUAUUUAUGAAGAAGCUUCUGACUCUAGCACUGCACCAUGAAGGUCACUUGGGAUCUUUAUGACGUGACACCCAGCCAACUUCUUCAAAACAUAACAGAAUAAAAGUCCUCUCUUAUCACUUGUGCUGUGUGAGGAAAUCAGAAUUUACAGGCAAAAGCUUCGCAAUGCUACUUUGCCUAUUUUGCGACAUGUGAUUUUAAAUGUUUUGAACGCAACAUUUAGAUACAUCUUUCUAUUUUAUUUUAAAUUACCCUUCUAAUAUAGUGAGGUUGAAUGGUCACACCAUUUGACAUAUUUAGACUUUGGGAGGCAUACAUGCCUAAAAUGUGUUUUAUUUGGAUGCACUGAAAAUAUAUUCAUAAUGUGCUUAUUAAAUUAUUUAAUAGAAGAAUAAUGAACACAAAAAUAUAUGAUUUCAUUGACCCAAAUUUAGAUCAACAAGAGGCUGCACUUCACAUUGUGUGGAGAUGAAUGCAGAAAAAACUAAUCAGUUGAAAUUAUUAUGACCAUCACUGACAGGUGUUUUUAAUGUAGCUCCUGUUGUCCCACCUAAAUCAACUUUACGAAGUUCCUUUCUUUGGCCUUUGUGAAUUUCCUAAAAAUACUAUGAUGACAAAAUGAACAAAGAGUCUAUUUAUUAUUCUAGAUGUUUUCCCACCCCCCACAUCUUUUCUUUUUAGUUUAAUUGAGCUUAUCUUGUUGAUGUCCAGCAUGUUUAAUUUCAGCAUUUUUGAUUAUACAGAAAUUUUGAUAGAACCCUGCAGAGGAACCCCUCUAUUCAAAUGAUUAAAAUUGUCUUCAAUUCUUUUAAGCACGUACUGGGGGCUGCUGUCCAAAAUGUAACAUUUGCCACAGAAGUUAAGACUGUAGUGUCUGGCAUUUGUUUUUUAUGUCUUUUUUCUUUUUUUUGUUUUUUUUAUUUGCAUGCUUAUAUAUGUUUCAGAUUUACUCCUACCUGAAUUGGUUUUGAUGUAUGCAUCCUAUGUCAUGUAUUUUUAUGGAAAAAUUGAAAAAUAAACCUGCAUUUCGGCAA